CCUUGACAGCAUCCUCUUCUUCCCUCCCCUCCCCUCCCUCAAAAAGUCAAUCGCUGGCAAUUGAACUUUGCCUCGAGCUCCUGUCCGCACCCACGCCAUGCCUACCUUCCGACCGUCUACUCGCCUUGCUCGGGCAAUUGAAUUCCAGCACAAUUACCCUCCGCGGCGCUCAAUUCCCUCGUCCUUCUUCACCGGCACGCGGUUAGCAGCGUCGAGACGUUCGCUGGCGACAGGGCCCCAGAAACCCGACCCAUUGACCGAAUGGCGCAACCCAAAGCCUAGCAAAUGGCCGAACAGGUUUCGACUGAUGUUUGUGCCGUUCAUUGGAGCCCUGGUAUACUCAAUGUGGACGACUGAAAUCCAGACCGAGGGUCCCAGCAUCGCUGAGAAAGACGCCCUGACGAAGCGCGAGAACGGCGUGACGACACAAUCGCCCAUGCGACUCCGAAUGGAGAAGUUCGUCCAGGAGCACCAGAAGCAGAUCGUGGCGGGGCUGGAGGAGGUCGACGGGAAGAAGUUCCAAGUCGACACCUGGCAGCGGGCCGAGGGCGGCGGGGGCAUCACCUGCGUGCUCCAAGACGGCAACGUCUUCGAGAAGGCAGGCGUCGCUACCUCUGUCGUGUACGGCACCUUAGGGCGGGCAGCAAUCCAGAAGAUGCGCGUCAACCACAAGGCGCUGGACCCGGACGUCGAGUCGGUCGACUUCUUCGCCGCGGGCCUCAGCAUGGUGCUGCACCCCUCCAACCCCAACGCGCCGACCGUCCACCUCAACUACCGCUACUUCGAGACGGCCGACGAGUUCGGCAACACCAACGCGUGGUGGUACGGCGGCGGCUGCGACCUUACGCCCUCGUACCUGUACGACGAGGACGCGAUCCACUUCCACAACACGAUCAAGGCGGCGUGCGACAAGCACGACAAGGGGUACUACCCGCGGUUCAAGAAGUGGUGCGACGAGUACUUCAACAACAAGCACCGGGGCGAGACGCGCGGCGUCGGCGGCAUCUUCUUCGACGACCUCGACGAGACCGUCAAGGACCGCGAGCAGCUCUUCGCCUUCGUCCAGGACUGCCUCUCCGCCUUCCUCCCCUCCUACAUCCCCAUCAUCAACCGCCGCAAGGACAUGCCUUUCACGGAGGAACAGAAGCAGUGGCAGCAGCUGCGCCGCGGCCGCUACGUCGAGUUCAAUCUCGUCCACGAUCGCGGCACCUCCUUCGGCUUGAACACCCCCGGCUCCAGGGUCGAGAGCAUCCUCAUGAGCUUGCCCCUCACGGCUAGGUGGCAGUACAUGCAUGCCCCCGAGCCUGGGAGCAGGGAGGAGAGACUCAUCGAUGUCCUCAAGAACCCCAAGGAGUGGGUGUAAAUGUAAAAUAUCCCCCCUGUCACGAACUUAUACUUACCCUUUUUUCAUUGUUGUACCAUACUCAAAAGGAAAAAAACUACCAACCAUCAUGGACCAUGUACAUGCACACAGACAUACAUAUAAUACCCUCGUAAAAAUAGAUCACGACUUUGUUCGUUCAACAUGUUUACUUCGAAGCGACUUUAUUGAAACCGUGCUGCUUUCCCGUGAAUGGCUGCCCAUUACACUUCAUUGUUUGAAGAACUAGAUUGCACUUUUACAAUUCCUUAUUUGUUCAAUAUCAAGUUCUAGCUUGGUUGGCAUCACGAGGGGAAUUG